AUGAAGAACGGGAUAUUUGGAUUUUACAAACGUUAUCGGCUCCUGAGUAGCGGAAAUGCCCAGGUAAUCUGUAAGGAAGGCGGGAAGGAAAGGCCGUGCUCCAAGAAGGACUUGGAGGAUAACGGAUACAACUGUGAUGAUACAUUCUACAAUGUUACCAACCCUUGUUCCCCUGGCAACGCCUGUGACCACGCCCACACCUCUGACUCCACCAAGUUCAUCCGGUGCGACCUCAAGGGCAACAUGUACGUCACCCAAUGUCCCGGCAAAGCCCACUACAACCCUGACACAAUCAGCUGUGGGUCGGAACCAGUCGAGGGAGGGAUCUCCUGCAAUGUCACCAAUCCAUGCACUCCUGCAAAUAUUGCCAAGCAUCGAUUCGACUUCCCCUACCCGCCAAACCCGUCCAGGUACAUCCGGUGUGAUGCAUUUGGGAAACUGUGGAUGAGGGAUUGUCCCAGCGGCACAGUGUGGGAUGACGCCAGGAGAUCGUGUACUGGCCAAUCUGGGGUGAAACCAUCCGCCCUCGGAACCUCCACCCCCUCCAUCUCCCAAGUCACCCCUGUCUCCACCGGCUGCAACGGCAACAACAACGGCGCACUGCUCCCCCACGCUGACCCAACUAAGUACAUCCUCUGCAACCACGGUACGGAGGUGGUGAUGUCCUGUCCUCCGUCACUCAAGUUUGACGUCAGCAUCAAGCGCUGCAACUAUCGCUAGCGGUCGCAUUGUACCGGCACGUGUCACGUACUGAACGGAAUAAAAUGACAGUGGC